AGCUUCCGCUCCAGGCUUCCGCGUGGCAGGCAGAGUGCAGAGCCCAUUCCACCCAGUGUAGACAUCACAAGCUUCCCGCGAUGCCCGCCCCAACGUGUUCCUCCUGCCACGCGGCCCGUGCUGCUCUCCGCCGCCCGCGCUCAGGGCAGGCGCUGUGCGGCUCCUGCUUCUGUGCGGCCUUUGAGGCCGAGGUGCUGCACACAGUGCUCGCAGGGCGCCUGCUGCCCCCGGGUGCCGUGGUGGCCGUGGGCGCCUCGGGCGGCAAGGACUCCACGGUCCUGGCACAUGUGCUGCGCGAGCUCACGCCGCGCCUGGGCAUCACGCUGCACCUGGUGGCGGUGGACGAAGGCAUCGGCGGCUACCGUGACGCAGCGCUGGAGGCCGUGAGCAGCCAGGCAGCGCGCUGGGAGCUGCCGCUCACCAUUGUGGCCUAUGCAGACCUGUUCGGGGGCUGGACGAUGGACGCCGUGGCCCGCAGCACGGCCGGCUCUGGCCGCAGCCGUUCCUGCUGCACCUUCUGCGGGGUGCUGCGGAGGAGGGCGCUGGAGGAGGGCGCUCGCCUAGUGGGAGCUACACAUAUCGUGACAGGCCACAAUGCCGACGAUAUGGCGGAGACAGUGCUCAUGAACUUCCUGCGUGGUGAUACGGGGCGGCUGGCACGGGGCGGAGUGCUGGGCUCUGGGGGCGAGGGGUGCGCCCUCCCGCGGUGCCGGCCACUGCAGUUCGCUUCGCAGAAGGAGGUGGUGCUGUACGCGCACUUCCGCCGCCUGCGCUACUUCUCCGAGGAGUGCGUGUACGCGCCCGAGGCCUUCCGCGGCCACGCUCGCGACCUGCUCAAGCAGCUGGAGGCGGCGCGGCCAUCCACAGUGCUGGACCUCGUGCACUCGGCAGAGCGCCUCGCUCUUGCCCCGGCGGCUCGGCCGCCUCCUCCAGGCACCUGCUCCCGCUGCGGGGCGCUGGCCAGUCACACACUCUGCCAGGCCUGUGCGCUGCUAGAUGGCCUCAACCGAGGCCUGCCACGCCUGGCCAUUGGCAAGGGCCGCCGCGUGCUGCAAGCCCAGCCACCACUGCCCGGGAACCGGAGCCAGGCCACCAGUGACCCUGUGGCCCCACGGGGACCCUGCACCUGUGAGCAAUCCAGAGAUGGAGCCACCCUCUGCCGGGAUGGAGGGGGCCAGGCAGGAGCCCCCUGUGCCCUGCAGAGUGACCUGAGCGCCACUGAGUGACCUAAGCCCUGCACUCUACAUUGCCCUGUGCCCUGGGAAGUGACUGUACUCUGUAGUGCCCUGUGCCUGUGAAGCAAUCUGUGCACUGUGAAGUGACUGCCCUGCAGUGUCCUGCCCUUCUAGAGCUACCUGUCUGUGUCUUAUGGGACCUGAGCCCUGUGAAGUGACUGUGUCUCAUGGGAGGACCGUGCCCUGUGCAGCAACCUGAACCUUGGAGAAGUUGAGGGAGAAGAGACCAACAACUGUGCAUUUCCACGCACUUCUGUGGGCUCAGGAAAGCCCUGGCUCUCACUUUGUUUGCCCAAGUCAGGUAAACAAAGCGAAACGAGUAGGAGAAACAUAUUCACAAUCAUCACUGUGCCCCUUUCAUCGAGGUAAAACACAGCUCUUGCUCCUAAGGGAAUCAGAGAAAGCCUAUUCUGAACCAGCUAAGGGUUUCCAUGGCCGGGUGCAUGGAUUCAGGUUGCCCCGGAACGCUGCUGUGGAAGCAGUUACACAAACAUUUACAGCCCUAGAUCUACAGAAGGUCAUUAAUCAAGCCUAUUGGCCAAACACACUGGUGUAGGCAGGUGAUAGCAAGGCUUGGGAAACCCCUGCUGUGGGCCUCAGCUGCUCUCUGAUGGCGUCUUAGCCUGCGAGUCCUUGGAAGACAGUGGUCUGCUGAGUUGAUACAUUCCAAACCAAGCUUGCAUGGUUUUCGUAUGACUGUUGGGUCAGUGUCCUGGUUGGUGCUUUUUGGUUUUAUUUUGCCAACUUGACCCAGGCUGGGAUCACCUGACAAAAUGCCUCCAUAAGAUCGGCCCAUAGGGCAUUUUCUUGAUUGAUGAUUGAUCUGGAAGGGCCCAGCCCACUGAGAGUGGUGCAGUCCCUAGGCAGGUGAUUCUGGGUACUAUAAGAAAGCAGGCUGAGCAAGCCAGUAAGCAGUGUUCCUCCAUGGCCUCUGCCUCAGUUCCUGCUCUGACUUCCCUUGCUAAUGGAGUGUGACCCGAGAGAUGAGAGAAAUAAAACCUUUCCUCCCUAA